GGCCACUGUUUCACCUGAGAGUGCCAGUGAUGCAGAUUUCAAUGUGCUUUCAUCAACUGAAUUAAGCUUUCGUCCUGGUGUUACUAAGGAUACAAUUGCCAUAGCAACCAAGGAUGAUUUGAUAACUGAAGUUGACGAAGUAUUUGUUGUCACUCUAUCAACUACCGAUCCAAGAGUGCAAAUUGACAAAGCUAAGGGAGUAACAACUGUUACCAUUAAUGACAACGAUGGUAAGUACAUUCCACAGGACACAUUUGUCCCCCGGUUUAUGUCUAUGUAUGACAGAUAAAUUCUUCAUUAAUUACAUCAAUUUUAGGAGUAUAUAUUGAGACUCUAUAAGUGUUUGAAUAUUUUGUUUAAGCCUGAUAGGGAUUAGCUACCUAUGAGAUCGUGCAAAUUUAUUACCGCCAUUCUAAUAUCCAUCAUUGUUUAAAUUGCAUUUCUAAAUCAUAUUUAAAUUCUAAAUUCUAAAAGCGUAGAAUAUUUUUUAUAGCUACUCCGGGAUGGUAUUACUUGCUUUAACUUAGAGCGAGUUAGUAGCCAAGUGUAGUUGAUUGAAAACAGGUUCCUUUGAUAACAAAAAAACAAGUUGAGAUGGUCUCAGUUUAAAUUGGGGAGUUUCUACCAACGAUUUAAAUCAAGUUAAGUUCUAAGAGAAGGCAAUUUCAUGCAUUAAACUUCAAUCUAAAAAUGCGAUUAUUUUUCGUUCGUAAAUUGAACGAAGUGAAGUAACUAAUAACCCGAACUAAAUAUUAACAAAUGCAAAUUGUAUGCUCUCGCAACCCCUUGCGGGGUAUGCUGCUUCUCAGUAUUAGAAACAAACUGUUACAAGCCGGCAACUAAUGAAAAAAUGUUUAUGAUUUUAAUUUUUUGAUAGGGCUUGAUCCAAGUUCAAGCCAUUCAACGUCUUUAUCAAGUAGUAUCACCUGGAUUCUUAUUGGAGCGGUGGCUGGAUCAGUAGUUGUCAUCGUGACAUCAAUAUUCAUUGCUGUUUGUUGUUUCCGGCAAAGAAACAGAAAAACAACAGAGAACACGAGAGACAUCGGUAAAAUCGAAAACCCUGCCUACGAAAGUUGCGGAGAAGCAAGUGUACAACCACCACAAUUGUGCGAUUCUGAAAAUCAUUACGAAGAACCAGCACUGUACUCACAACUGAACAAUUCUGGGAGAGUUACCAUUGAUGCACAUUAUCAAAGUUUGCAUUUGGAUGAGGUUGUUUACGAGAAAGUUGAUUUUUAA